AUGUCGGUUGACGAUGAUGAUGAAGACGAGCUUGAAAUACAGAGGAAAGCAUGGGAGGGUUUGUUUGAUAGUGAUAGAUUUAGAUUUGUAAUACGAUUACCACGGGAAUAUCGAAAUAUUCAGUGGAAUUUUGUUCGUACGUUAGGUGAUGGUGCAUUUGGUGAAGUUCGUUUAUUGGUAGAUUCAAAAAAUCCGGGAACAAUGGUAGCUGCGAAAUGUAUGGCUGCAUAUACAACAGGAGCAGAAGAGCAAGAGGAGCUGUUCAAAAAACUGCGUCGGGAGGCGUUUAUCAUGCGUGUAUUCUACAAAUCUGAACAUGUCAUUCGUUACAUUGGGAUGCGUUAUGACGACCGACGUAUUGAAAUGUUUCUCGAAUAUGCUGAUGGAGGCGAAUUAUUUGACCACAUUGAACCGGACAAAGGCAUGCCGGCUGAGAAAGCGCAGAAAUUUUUCCGACAAAUUAUUGCUGGAUUAAAGCAUAUUCAUUCAAUGGGUAUCGCACAUCGCGAUAUCAAACCGGAAAAUUUGUUACUAAUGAAGAAUGGUCAGUUAAAAAUUUGUGAUUUUGGUGCAGCAACAAUAUUUCGCCGUAAGGGAGUGGAAAGAAAGCUAAGGUCGAGAUGUGGCACAGUACAGUAUCUUUCGCCUCAAGUGUUAGCAUCAAACUAUAGAGGUGAACCAUCUGAUAUAUGGUCUUGUGGGAUUGUACUCAUAGCAAUGCUUACUGGUGAAUUACCUUGGGACGAAGCGACUCCAACUUCACAGCCUUUCAAACUUUGGCUUACGAAGUAUGAUUGGAGACGUCAUCCACCUUGGGAUAGACUUUUGGGAGUAAUAACAAAUUUAUUACGGAAGAUACUCGAUGUCUGUGAGAACAGACGAAUUAAAAUUCCGGAAAUUGAAGAGCAUGAAUUUUUUGCUAAGGAGAUAGAUUACGAAAUACCGAGUGCCGAAAUGAUAAGGAGACGUAAGAAAAAAGCGGUUCAAACUAAUGAUGAAAAUCUAACAAAUUUGAAGGAACAUAACGAAACUGCAGGACCAUCAAACUUAUUAGAGGAGACUGCAAUUGAGGAUGAGGAAGAACCUGAUUCAAAGAAGAUCAGACUGUCAACUCCUACCAAUACUGGAAAAAGAUUGAAAAUACCAAUCGGUACAGUUUCCCAACCUGUUUCACCUUGUUACAAUUCGCAAGCAAAGAGGGAAUAUGCAGUGAAUGGUAGUUUCUUUUCACAGCCUGCUAAUAUAGAAUUGUUGACACAAAUCGAUUGCGGUGUCAAUCAGGCAAGCUCAUCCGCUGGAAAUCUUAGCACGCCGUAUGACACGUUUCUGCGUGACAAAGGGGACGUGCGAAAUUAUGUCUAUCAUCAAAGACAGAUUGGAUCUGAAAUUUACAUGUCAAUUAGUGGUCCUCGAAAUCACAUGUGUUAUGUGGUAACAGUUUACGAAAUGAUGGGAAAAGAUGGCAAAAAGGCAAGUUUUACAAAGAGAAUGUGUGUAGUGGUAAAUUGCCGGCGCUCGCGCGGUGAUGGAAUUGAAUUUAAACGGGCAUUUUUGGAUUUGAAACAUAAAUUGAGUGAUGUAAUAUGUGAGUCAAGUAAUACGUGGCUACAACGUCAGGGUUUAGUAACAAUACCUUGA